AUGUCAAAAGAUACAUCAAGGAUAGUCAACAAUGCGUUAAAUGUAUUAUCCAAACUAGUCGAAUCUGAUACCAAUAUAUCAACAGUUGACUUAAAUCUACUAGAAAAUUUAAACACAAAUCAAGCGUUAAAUUAUAUAAAAUUAGAGAAUGACAUGAUUGAAUUGGAGUCAAACGGCAAACAAUUGGAAAAUUUUAAUCAAGAGAAUGAAAUAGAUCAUCAUUCGAAAGUCUUAUUGGAAAUUGAAGAAAAUGUAAGUAAAUUAGAGAACAUCAUCAAUGAAUUGGACUUGUGGUCUCUUGAAUUAGAAUCAGCCGCAAAGAAGUGA